AAAAAAUUACGAGAAAUAUAAUAUUUCGCUAACUUGUUAAGCAGUUAUUUAUUUAUUUCAUUAAAACGCAAGUAUAGAGAUUAAAAUCGUAGUAAUAACAUAUAUAUGAUAUAUAUAAAAUGUAAUUUGUUCUCUUGAUUCUAAUAGAAAAGAAUAAUAAGUUACAAUUCGCAUACAUACAUUUACAUAUUUUUGGAUUACGAUACUGACUGUCUAAUUUGAUAUAUACUAUUGAAUUGUAAUAAAAGUCAUUUUUUUACUGAAAUUCUAAGACAAUUAUUUUAUAUGUGUGUGUAUAAAUAAUUAUUCAACACAUGUGCACCAUUCCCUUCCAUUUCUACCAUUUGCCAUUUUAGUUUUAUGAUUGCGUCCUUCCAGAACUUCUCAUGUUUUAUUUUUUUGCGUUCUUGAUCUUUGAGAUUAAAAUCACCAUUUUUGAAUCAAGAGAACCACUUGCGAACAGUACUUAUAGCUAUUGCAUUGCAUCUUCAUAAACGCCACAUAUUUUGUUGGUUGCUUGUAAUGCAGUUUUACUUUUCCGAUAGAAAAAUAAUAUAAUAUGACGAUAAUUCAUCUUAUUUUCUUCAAUUUUUAAAUAGAUAUACGACGAACAAAACUGAAUCGAUUUGAAUGUGCUUGUACUUAAGAGACGCGUUAUAAUGACAUUAUUCAGAAAAUAUAUACAUAUCAAAUGGUUAAGCCAUAUGUUACAAAGUGUCACGUGUUUGAUAGUGCUACCUAUUAGAAAACGCAACAAACUUACAAUCCAAUACAAAUGAAAUUUACUACUCGAAGUUGAAAAGAAAUCUAUAGCAAGCAAAGCUAUAGCUACAGACAUCAAUAAAUAUUUAUUAACCAAGUAUUACUUACACAGACAAUUUAUACAUAUAAUUUAUGACGAUGCCAUAUCUAACAACUAUGGUUUCUUGCAUUUCGUCCAGUCUGCAUUUGAAACGUAUCAUUAUUCAUUUGAAUGUAUCAUUAUAUUACAUACCGGUUGCCUCAUAAAAGUUGCAUUGGAAAACAAUUGCAUAUGCUAUAGCACGAAAAUAUGAAAAAACGAUACUGCAAGUUUCUUAUUACGAUAAUUAUAUAGCUAUCGAACCCACGAAGGGAAAACAGGAUGAAUGUUGUCGUCGAAACGCCACAUUGUAUGACUAUAGAUACUUCGUGGGACUGGUUUAGGGUGCUACUGACAAUAGAACAGCAAGAGUUAUGGUAUUUCAUGAUUUACAUGCGAUAGAAAUAUAAACUUUUUUAUUUCUUUAACUACGGUUUGUAUUGUAACUUAUUGUACUUAUUGUACUUAAAUCUAUGUUCCAUGUAUCUGCAGUGUAAAAGUACGUUCGAUUUAUACUAUAAAUGAUAUAUAAAUGAUAUAAUAAAAUAUGCAUUAAUUAUACUAAGAAUCUAAUAUAAUACAUAGUGGGUGUAAUAUAUAUUUUGUGAGAAUGGUUUAACGCAUCAAUUUUUAUACUUAAUAACAUAGCGUUAUCAGAAAGUUUUUUUUCUAGAAGGUCGAAAAUGACAUUUGAGACGCAAUAAAAAAACGCAAUAAACAAAGAUUAUGGAAUUUACAUUAAAAGUUCUUACGGUCGUGGGAUGUUGGCCGCCAGAUUCUUGGACAUCUUCGUCUAAACGUGCCAUGUAUAAUGUUUACACGGCUUUCAUAACUUUGCUGUUGUUCACCUUUAUGAUACCUCAGCUUCUGGAUAUUAUUCUGAACGUCAACAGUACUGAGGAUUUCGCAGACACUUUCUACAUCCUGCUCGCCAUAAUUAUUUCCUGCUGCAAAAUGACCGGCCUUUUGAUAAAUCGCAAGAAUAUAGAAAUGUUAACGAAUAUCCUCUCUCAAAAACCAUUUAUCCCACUGGAAGCUGACGAGAUGGAAAUUCGACGUAAAUGUGAGAAAAGUAUACACAACAAGACUUUUUGGUAUAUGGCUCUGGUGGAGGUGACAUUAGGGUGCUUUGCAAUGACAUCGUUACUCACCGAUUUUCGAAAGGGCAACCUGACUUAUCGGGAAUGGACACCUUAUAAUUAUUCCGAGACAGUAUUCUACGUCAUAUACAUUCGGCAACUAAUAAGUGCGACAAUGGGCUCUCUGGUGAAUGUAGCCUGCGACAGUCUGAUCUGUGGGUUUGUCUUGCACAUAUGCUGUCAAAUUGAGAUACUGGAGUGCCGGUUAAGAAAAAUCGCACUCGAUCAAAAGAAUCUGCGAAUUGGUGAAUGUGUACGUCAACACGACUGUAUAUUUAAAUUUGCAUUUAUGAUAAACGAACACUUCAAGCCGAUUAUUGCCAUUCAGUUUAUAGUGAGUAUGCUAGUGGUGUGCUCUAAUUUAUAUCAGUUAGCAAAGAUAACGUUGAACACAGAGUCUUUUCCUCUGAUAUUAUACACGGUCGCCAUGCUAACACAGAUUCUCAUUUAUUGCUGGUUUGGAAACGAAGUUAAGAUAAAGAGCGUUCAACUCGCUGCAAAUAUCUUCGAAAUAGAAUGGCUCAAACUGGAUAGAAGCUCAAGAAGAGAUUUGUUGAUAAUUAUGAGUCGCUCAUUGAUACCUAUUGAAUUUUCGAGUGCAUACGUUAUCACGAUGAACGUUGAUUCCUUCGUAAGCUUACUUAAGACAUCAUAUUCAGCUUAUAACCUACUGCAGCAAAUGGAAAUGUUUCCAUUAAAAAUCCUUAUGGUGGCGGGAUGUUGGCCGCCAGUUUCCUGGUCCUCACUGUGCAAGCGAACAGUAUAUAAUGGAUAUACGAUUUUCGUAACUUUAAUGUUGGUCACCUUCAUGUUUCCGCAAAUCAUGGACAUCAUUUUGAAUGUCGACAAUGCUGAUGAUUUUACGGAAACUUUUUAUGUUAUGUUGGCCACUGUUAUCGCUUCGUGCAAGAUGUUUAGCUUGUUGCUAAAUCGCAAGAACAUCAAGAUAUUAACCGACACAUUGGCCGAGAAACCAUUUAGACCACUGGAACCAGAUGAAAUAGAAAUACGACAGAAAGUUGAAGACACAAUACGGUUCGCAUAUACGAUCAAUGAAAACUUCAGGAUUAUACUCGCUAUUCAGUUUGCAAGCGUUCAACUUGCUAAUGAAAUUUUUGAGAUGGACUGGAUAACAGUGGAUAAAGAAGUGAAAGAGGGUCUUAUGAUGAUAAUGAAUCGCUCUCUGGUGCCUAUCGAAUUUUCUAGUGCACAUAUUUUUACAGUAAAUUUAGAUUCUUUCGUCAAGUCGAAUAACGAAUUUCGAAAAAUGCGGGUCAUGCAAUUUCCAUUGAAAGUUCUUACGGUGGCGGGAUGCUGGCCACCAAUUUCCUGGUCCCCAUUGUGCAAGCGAACAGUGUAUAAUGCAUACACGAUUUUCGUAACAUUAUUGUUGUUCACCUUCAUGGUACCGCAACUUCUGGACAUCAUUUUGAAUGUCGAUAAUCCUGAGGAUUUUACCGCAACUUUUUAUGUUAUGUUGGCCAUGGUUAUCGCUUGCUGCAAGAUGCUCAGUUUGUUGCAUAAUCGUAAGAACAUCGCAAAAUUAACCGAUACUUUGGCCGAGGAACCAUUUAGACCAUUAGAACCAGAUGAAAUUGAAAUUCGGCAGCAAUUUGAUAACAUGAUACAAACUAAUGCCAAAGUGUACACAGUUAUGAUCGAAACAACGUGUGCGUGCAUGAAUCUGACAACCUUGUUCAUAAACUUCCGAAGAGGAGAUUUAGCAUACAGAGAGUGGCUGCCAUAUGAGUAUUCGUCCGGUAUAAUAUAUUAUUUUACGUACUUUCGCCAAUUGGUCAGCUUGACAGCUGCAUCCAUCGUGAAUGUCGCCUGUGACUGUAUGAUCUGCGGAUUGUUCCUGCACAUUUGCUGCCAGAUUGACAUUUUGAAAUGUCGGCUAAGAAAAUGCUUACGCAACCGAAACGAUUUGAGUGAAUGUGUAUGUCAGCACGAGAGUAUCUAUAAAUUCGCAUAUAUGAUAAAUGAAAAAUUCAGGGUUAUAAUCGCCGUUCAGUUUGCAGUGAGUACGCUAGUAUUAUGUUCCAGUAUGUUCCAACUAGCAAGAAUGUCGAUGAACGCGGAAGUUGUCCCAUUAUUAUUAUACACAAUCUGUAUGUGUUUACAAAUUCUAAUCUAUUGCUGGUACGGUAACGAAGUGAAAUUAAAGAGUAUUCAACUUGCUGAUGAUAUCUUUGAGAUGGACUGGAUAGCAUCGGAUAAGGGAACUAAGGAGAAUCUUAUAAUGAUAAUGAAUCGCUCUCUGGUGCCUAUCGAUAUUUCUACUGCACAUAUUCUUACAGUGAAUUUAGAUUCUUUCGUUAAGUUACUUAAGGCAUCAUAUUCGGCAUAUAGCAUACUUCAACAAAUGGAAGGAAAUAAAAAGUAGUAAUACUAUUAAAGGAAGAAACAAUAGGAAUAUUUAAAAUUUGGACAUGCAGUAUCAAAGAGAAUGUUGGACAAUGGUGUUAAAGAUAAUAAUUUUCUGCGCAAUUGCAUAUCAUAUAAAUAAAGAGAGUAGUAUUAGUCUCGUACAUAUUGUACUGUA